CAAGUACGCGCCUCACUAGCUAGCGCCUGGAACAAAACUAAUUAACUUGUGCAACAGUUCCAAAAUGGCGACUUUUCGGCUCGUCUCACAGCUUUCAAAAACGGGCUGUUCAGCUCUCUUGUAUGAUGCAGUGAAGCCAGUGACAUAUGCAUCUGCAAGGUCAUAUUAUAAAUAUGUUAAUGCGAGGGAGAAAGGAGAUUCUUUUAGAGAGAUCACUGACCGAGCAGCAUCAACUUUAUUCUUCACUGAGCUGACGAGGGGCCUGGCCAUGACGUUAAGUUACUUAUUUCGUGAACCUGCCACCAUCAACUAUCCUUUUGAGAAAGGACCUCUGAGUCCCCGCUUCAGAGGAGAGCACGCCCUCAGAAGGUACCCAUCGGGAGAGGAGCGAUGCAUCGCUUGCAAGCUGUGUGAAGCCGUCUGCCCUGCACAGGCUAUCACAAUAGAAGCUGAGCCAAGAGCUGAUGGCAGCAGACGGACAACUCGAUAUGACAUCGACAUGACAAAAUGUAUCUACUGUGGGUUCUGCCAGGAGGCUUGUCCUGUUGAUGCUAUUGUUGAGGGUCCCAACUUUGAGUUCUCCACCGAGACUCACGAGGAGCUACUGUACAACAAGGAGAAGCUUCUCAACAAUGGAGACAAAUGGGAGGCGGAGAUAGCGGCUAACAUCCAGGCAGAUCAUCUCUACAGAUAGAAGCAGGAGAUAACCUGGGACCCGUUUCAUAAAGCCUUUUGUCAAUGACAAAUGACAAAAGUCAGUGACAAAUCUGCUGAUAACCAAUCAGAAGCAUGGAUUUCAGUAGCUUAUAACAAGAACUGUCAUUUGUCACUGAUGACAAGUUUUGUGAACCAUCCCCUGGAGCUAAUCAUAUACAGAUUUAUAUUGUUAUUUCAAAAAAAUAUUGGCUCAGUCCAACAAAAGGACUCUGUGGAAAAUGUCGUGUAUGCCUCUUUUGCACUGAGCAUCUGAAUUGGUGAAUAAUCCCCCUUUAAUACACAUAUUUGUUUUAGUUCCGUCACAGAAGGAUGCUCAGGUAGUUUUUAACCGCAAAUGGUACUGUAAAGAAGACCAUUUAACUUGUAUGUCCAUUGAUAUUCUCAUCUUAUGUUUUAAUGGCUAAUACCGGUACAUUGCUUCCAUUCAAACCGUCGUCAUUGAACAAUAGGGUAAUGAUGGUUAUGAAUGCAAUCCUUUGCCAAUUGCUAUUGGCAUUGUGAAGAAUAGUCUCAUCACAAUUAUGAGCACAAGGCAUUAACUCAUCCUAUACAAAGCAUUGAUUUAAAGUGGAAUUUGUUGCAGAUUGAUCUUGUAGUGAAUAUUAGUUUGCCAAUAAAGUCAUCUACUACUACUUGUUAUUUAUCUUCCAAAAAGGAUUUGCAGGGGUUAUAAGAAGAUGCUUUAAUUGUCUACGUAAUUAACCAUUAUUGGUUUAUGUUUGUUAGUUGCUACAAGUCAAUCAGGAAAAUGACAUGCAGUGGAUGGUUGAAAGCCAUAAUUCAUAUCAUUCAGUGUGGGUCCAAUAAAGUUUUUUUCUUUGAAAUCAUUAAUGGUAAUUAUGCCCUUACAUAACCAACUCUCAUGACUUUGAUUACAAGGAGACAAGUUCAUAUAGAAUUAGUGUUCAAUUCGUGGAUCCAGUGCUCACACUUUGUUUCAGUCUGCCAAUAUAGCAAAGUUAUUCCUUCCCAGUUUAAGAGCCAUUAUUUGCAAGGAAAAAUGGAGAUGAUGUAGGAUUGUGAGUAGAGGUACAUAUAUGUACUAUACAGAGGAUUGAAGUACCGGUAUGCAUAUUUGCUGUGUUUUCAUCACAUUUCUAUCUAUUCUGUAUUCACCCCUCCCCCUCAUAUUUAACAAUAGCAUCACCCCUGUUGGAAGAAUUGGUUUGGAGUUUAGAACCUUUCACAGCUUAUGAUAAUGAAUGUGUACAUGCAACAUACAGAUAUACAAAUGUUCUUAUCAGGAAGAGUGGAAAAGCACCCAAUUUAAUGGUUUACUUAUAGAAAGUAUAUAAGUGUGUGAUCAUAUCAGCAUGGUUUUCUGUUGACUCUAUACCAGCCUUGGAGCUUGAUAUUAUCUGAACAUUACUUAUCAGUUUGCAUGACAAUUGCAAAACCUAUCUACAAGGCAGGUCCCAAGGAGGAGUCUAUGAGCGACUCCUUGGAAAGGACAGACUUUAAGGUACAGGGUUUAACUGUAUCAAAUGAAUGAAUUGAAUGAUGUCUGCUGUGUCAGGUGUUAUGCAAUAAUAAAGAUAUUGUGAAUGUUA